AUGGAAUUACCAAUUAUAUGGAUAUGGUUUGGAUUACUUAUUCAUGUCCCACUGGCUGGGUGCUUAGAUUUACACCUAUCGGAAACCCAACAACCUGGUGCAACUCUAGCAAAUGUAUCCAUUGGACCAGAAUGGAUGUACAGAAUCGAUAGAAAUCUCACGCCGAAGUUUUUCAGACACUUUCUGAAGAUCGAGAAAAGUGAUGGGGUGCUCUCGCUCGCGCGCAAAGUGGACUGCACGCGUUUACCGAGAAAUCCCGUGCCACUGUAUUUGCGGAUUAAAUCACUGCUUUCGGAAAACUUCAUACUGCUUCAUUUCAAUACAUUCAUGCAUGGCCAGAACUGCUUUAUCAAAUACAAGAGAAAACAUCUAAAGCCAGAUAUUUACAUGCAUCUUCUGUCAGGAUACGAGACAUGCUUUUCUUUGGACACCUUACCUAUAACUAUUUACAAUCAUUUACCCAUGUUUAUGCGGAAUUCCCAAAUAUUUCUUGGUCGGUGUGUGGAGAAAUACAAGCACCAAGUGGGUUCACACGUCUGUCUGCGUCAUAAAGAGCAAAAUAAUGCGGAUUUGCUUUGUUUAAUGCCUAACUCGCAUAAUAAUUCGUUAUUUGUGGAUAUAAAAGUACAUUUAAGGAAAAAACACAGUCAUAGUAAACAGUGGUCUUUGGACCCGGGGGCUAAACGUCAAAAACGAAACGUGAACUCGGCUCCUCAGUUUCAGCUGCCAAACUACCAAGUGUCAGUGCCCGAGAACGAGCCCUCGGGGACGCGCGUGAUAACGCUCAAAGCCUUUGACACCGACGAUGGAGAUGCUGGUGUCAUCGAAUACGACAUGGAAGCUCUUUUUGACAGUAGAUCUAACCAUUUAUUUCAAAUUUACCCCGAGACGGGCGGUAUAACCACUCUCCAGCCGUUAGAUAGGGAACUUAAAGACACUCACGUGUUUAAAGUAACCGCCACUGAUCGAGGAACUCCGAGAAGGUCGGCGGUAGCCUAUCUCACAAUAACGGUUAGCGAUACGAAUGACCACGCGCCAGUUUUUGAACAAACCGAGUACAGGGUUAGUAUUCGGGAAAAUGUUGAAGUAGGCUUCGAAGUGAUGACUAUUAGGGCUACAGAUGGAGAUGCGCCCUCCAAUGCCAAUAUGAUUUAUAAGAUUGUCAAUGAUGAUGACGUGAAUACUUGUUUUGAAAUUGAUCCAAGGAAUGGCUUGGUGAAAACCAGAGUCAGACCUGACAGAGAGCUCAAAUCCCAGUACAAGCUUAUAGUUGAAGCCAAUGACCAGGGUAAGGAGCCUGGUCCUCGCACUGCCACUGCCACUGUGCACAUAUUUGUAGAGGAUGAGAAUGAUAACUACCCUCAGUUUAGUGAGAAGAGAUAUGUAGUUCAGGUUCCUGAGAACAUAGCUGUAAACUCACAAGUAGCUGUGGUGAAGGCCACAGACAAAGAUGCUGGAAACAAUGCUAAAGUGCAUUACAGCAUCAUUAGUGGGAAUGUAAAGGGCCAGUUUUACAUGCACUCCCCUACUGGAGUCAUUGAUGUUACUGGCCCUCUCGAUUAUGAGAUGAUAAGGGAGUACACACUACGAGUGAAGGCACAAGACGGGGGGCGGCCGCCUCUUAUCAACGGUACAGGUAUGGUUGUUAUCCAAGUUAUGGAUGUUAAUGAUAACGCCCCCAUGUUUGUCAGUACACCCUUUCAGGCAUCCGUGUUAGAAAAUGUUCCCAUUGGCUACUCUGUGAUACACAUUCAAGCUAUUGAUGCAGAUUCUGGAGACAAUUCUUAUUUGGAAUACAAGCUGACUGACACAUCCCCCAGCUUUCCAUUCAUUAUCAAUAACAACACUGGAUGGAUUACAGUUUGUGCUGAGUUGGACAGAGAAACCACUGCGUUUUAUAGUUUUGGGGUGGAGGCGAGGGACCAUGGAGUUCCAACGAUGUCAUCCUCAGCUAGUGUAACUGUUACAGUAUUGGAUGUAAACGACAACGUCCCCACCUUCACUCAGCACCUGUAUAACCUAAAGGUCAAUGAGGACGCGUUGGUGGGCACCAGUGUGCUUACUGUCACGGCCAUAGACAGGGAUGUAAACAGCGUGGUAACGUACCAGAUAUCUAGCGGAAACACACGGAACAGAUUUGCCAUUACCAGCCAGAGCGGAGGAGGCCUUAUUACUCUAGCACUCCCUCUAGACUACAAGCAAGAGCGCCAAUAUGUCCUAACCAUCACAGCCUCGGAUAGUACGCGGUAUGACACUGCCCAGGUCUUUAUUAAUGUAACUGAUGCCAACACCCAUCGACCUGUGUUUCAAAGUGCGAACUACCAAGUUUUAGUGAGCGAGGACAGGCCUGUUGGCGCCACCGUUGUGGUCAUCAGUGCCACCGAUGAGGACACCGGGGAGAACUCCCGCAUCACAUAUGUAAUGGAGGACAAUGUGCCACAGUUCAAGAUUGAUCCUGACACUGGUGCCAUUACAACUCAGAUUGAAAUCGACUACGAAGAUCAGGCCUCCUACACGCUAGCUAUCAUUGCGCGCGACAAUGGCAUUCCCCAGAAAUCGGACACUACCUACGUGGAGAUCCUAGUUCUUGACGCCAACGACAAUGCACCCCAGUUCCUUAGGGAUAUCUACCAGGGCACUGUGUUUGAAGAUGCACCAGUAUACACCAGUGUCCUUCAGGUAUCUGCUUCAGACAGAGACUCGGGAUCUAACGGUAGACUGAGUUACACCUUCCAUGGUGGGGAUGAUGGUGAGGGUGACUUUUUUAUCGAGCCCUAUUCUGGGAUCAUCAGAACGGCCCGCAAGCUAGACAGGGAAAAUGUUGCAGUCUAUACCCUCAAGGCUUUUGCGGUGGACAAAGGUGUCCCCCCUCUGAAAGCAGACGUGGACAUUCAUGUAUCAGUGCAGGACAUAAAUGACAAUGCACCGGUGUUUGAGAAGGAUGAACUGUAUAUCUACGUUGAGGAAAACAGUGCUGUAGGAUCCACUCUUGCCCGCGUCAGUGCCACAGAUCCAGAUGAAGGCACCAAUGCCCAGAUCCUCUACCAGAUUGUUGAGGGCAAUAUUCCUGAGGUCUUCCAACUUGAUAUUUUCAGUGGAGAUCUGAUUGCCCUUACUGACCUUGAUUAUGAGUCCAAGAUGGAGUAUGUAAUUGUGGUCCAGGCCACUUCCGCCCCACUUGUCAGCCGGGCCACUGUACACGUCCUCCUAGUGGAUGUUAACGACAAUGACCCUGUUCUGCAAAAUUUUGUGAUCAUUUUCAACAACUACAUCACAAAUAAGUCAAGCAGCUUUCCCACUGGAGUUAUUGGGAAGGUUCCUGCUCGUGAUCCAGAUGUGUCCGAUAAGCUACUCUAUACGUUUGUUGAGGGAAAUGAGUUAAGUCUACUCAUUCUCAACCAAGACACAGGGGAGCUUAAGCUGAGCAAAGACCUGGAUAACAACAGGCCUCUUGAGGCCACAAUGAGGUUGACUGUUUCAGAUGGUCUCCACCAGGUCUCAGCCCUCUGUACCCUGCGUAUGACCAUCAUCACAGAUGACAUGCUAACGAACAGCAUCACUGUACGUCUGGAGAACAUGUCUCAGGAGCGUUUCCUCUCUCCUCUGCUCUCGGUCUUUACCGAAGGCGUAGCUGCUGUCCUCUCCACCAGCCCUGAUGGUGUCUUCAUCUUCAACGUCCAAAAUGACACAGACGUUACUGGUAGCAUUCUCAAUGUCACUUUCUCUGCCCUGCUUCCAGGUGGAACUCCAGGACGGUAUUUCCCAUCAGAGGAGCUGCAAGAACAACUGUACCUAAAUCGCACUUUGUUAAAGUUAAUCUCAACUCAGCACGUCCUGCCGUUUGAUGAUAACAUCUGUCUGCGUGAGCCCUGUGAAAACUAUAUGAAGUGUGUAGCUGUUCUAAAGUUUGACAGUACGGCACCCUUCGUGGCAUCCAACACGGUACUUUUUAGGCCCAUACAUCCCAUAAACGGGUUACGGUGUCGAUGUCCUGAUGGUUUUACGGGCGACUACUGUGAGACAGAGGUGGACCUUUGUUACUCAGGGCCUUGUCAGAACAACGGGAAGUGCCGCAGCCGAGAGGGUGGAUACACCUGCGAGUGCCAACAGGAUUUUACAGGUGAGCGCUGUGAGGUGAACUCACGCUCAGGCCGCUGUGUUCCCGGUGUUUGUAAGAAUGGAGGUAGGUGUUUGGAUCUGCUGGUGGGAGGUUUCCUGUGCCAGUGUCCUGAUGGAGAGUACGAGAAGCCUUACUGUGAGAUGACCACACGCAGCUUUCCUGGCCAGUCCUUCAUCACCUUCAGAGGCCUGAGGCAGAGAUUCCACUUCACCCUCUCCUUCAUGUUUGCUACCAGGGAAAGAAAUGCUUUGCUGCUGUAUAAUGGGAGGUUUAAUGAAAGGCAUGAUUUCAUUGCCAUUGAAAUUGUGGAAGAACAAAUACAGCUGACAUUCUCUGCUGGAGAGUCUAAAACCACAGUGGCUCCAUUUGUAGCUGGGGGGAUUAGUGACGGACAAUGGCACACAGUCCAUCUACAUUACUACAACAAGCCCAAUAUUGGCCAUCUUGGCAUCCCUCAUGGCCCCUCUGAGGAAAAGGUUGCCGUAGUUACUGUUGAUGACUGUGAUGUGGCAAUGGCUCUACGUUUCGGGGGGCAGAUUGGGAACUACACCUGUGCAGCUCGCAGUACUCAAACAGGUCAAAAGAAGUCACUGGAUCUCACUGGUCCUCUGCUCCUGGGUGGGGUUCCAAAUCUGCCUGAGGAUUUCCCUGUACAGAACCGAGACUUUGUGGGUUGCAUUAGGAACCUGACCAUCGACAGCAAGCCCAUAGACAUGGCUGACUUCAUCGCACACAACGGCACCUUAGCAGGUUGUGCAGCAAAACGUGACUUUUGUACCAAAGUUGUUUGUCAGAAUGGAGGAGUUUGUGUGAAUAAAUGGAACACCCACAUCUGUAACUGCCCAUUAGGCUAUGGAGGAAAGAAUUGUGAACAUGUAAUGCCUGCCCCCCUGCAUUUCGAUGGCAACGCCCUGGUGUCAUGGAGCGAGACUGAUAUCACCAUUGCCAUCCCCUGGUACAUGGGUCUUAUGUUUCGCACACGAAAGAGUACUGGUGUUCUGUUACAGGCCAGCGCUGGGGAGUUCUCCAAGAUUAAUCUGAUGGUGAACAACAGACAUUUAAGGUUCCAGGUGCUUCUGGGUCUGAGACGGGUGGCGCUUCUGGAUUUCCCUCAGGUCCGUGUUGAAGACGGCAAAUGGCACCAUGUACUUGUCGAGCUCAACAGUGGAAAAGAUGGCAAAGACAUCAAAUACGUGGCUCUCGUCUCUUUGGACUACGGCAUGUUUCAGAGAACAGUGGAGAUUGGCAAUGAGUUGCCUGGGCUUAAACUGAAGAAUCUGUUUAUCGGUGGACUGCUUAAAAAAGACGGCACAGUCCAGGGUGGAUUUACUGGUUGCAUGCAGGGUUUGCGAAUUGGCGAGACCUCUACCAAUACUGCUAACAUUAACAUGCGGCAGGCAGUGAAAAUUCGUGCUAUAGAUGGAUGUAAUAUACCUGAUACAUGUCAGUCCAAUCUGUGCCCAACACACAGUCACUGCAGUGAAAACUGGGCCUCUCAUACAUGUGUCUGUGUACCAGGUUACUUUGGGAGAGAUUGUGUGGAUGCAUGUCUCUUAAAUCCUUGUGAACACACUUCCACCUGUUUGCGCAAACCUGGCACCAAGCAUGGCUACAGCUGUGAGUGUGGACACAAUUACUACGGCCAAUACUGCGAGUACAAAGGGGACCAGCCUUGUGCUCGUGGCUGGUGGGGAUACCCGACCUGUGGGCCCUGUAACUGCGAUGUCAGCAAAGGCUUCAAAAGGGACUGUAAUAAAACCACAGGAGAGUGUAGCUGCAAGGACAAUUACUACCUGCCUCCUGGUGGGGACACUUGCUACCCAUGCGAUUGUUUUCACCUUGGGGCACAUUCCCGAACAUGUGACCAUGUGACUGGUCAGUGUGCCUGUAAGAUGGGUGUGGUGGGCCGCCAGUGCAACCGUUGUGACAACCCCUUCGCAGAGGUGACGGUCGGGGGAUGUGUGGUGAUUUAUGAUGGCUGUCCCAAAGCCUUUAAAGAUGGUAUCUGGUGGCCCAGGACUAUGUUUGAUGGCCCUGCAGCCACUAACUGCCCAAAAGGAUCCAGUGGCACAGCUUUCCGUCAUUGCAGCAAUAAUAAAGGUUGGCUUCCACCAGAGCUCUUCAACUGCACUUCCCUCAGCUUCUCAAAGCUGAAGAAAGAGAGUGAGGAUCUUCAUACUAAUGCUUCUCGAAUGGAUGGAGAAAGAACAAAAAGCCUGGCAGGCCUGCUGCACUCUGCCAUGAGCCACACUGAUCGUCUAUUUGGAAACGACGUGAAGACCGCCUAUCACCUGCUGACCAGUGUCUUAGAACAUGAGAGUUUGCAGCAGGGCUUUGAGCUCACCGCCACUCAUGAUUCAGACUUUAAUGAGAACAUAAUUAAAGCUGGAAGUGCGCUCCUUGACCCGGUCAACAAGGAGCACUGGGAUAAGAUACAGCGCUCUGAUGGGGGAACGGCCCACCUGCUACGUGAUUUUGAAGAGUAUGCCAACACUUUGGUACAGAACAUGAGGAAGACCUACCUUAGAACCUUCACCAUCAUCACUGACAACAUGAUUGUUGCUGUAGAUUAUCUGGACUCUAACACAGACCAGGCUAAGAUCCCGUGCUUUCAGGAGAUCAGGAAGGUGUACUCAGAAGAGCUGGAGUCGUUUAUCAUCUUCCCAAACCUAAUUGCCAUGCCAAAAAAGAGCAAAGAUCUGUUCACCAUGGAGCCCCCAUCCCAGAUUGAAGCAACCAAGUCUUACACUACUGACGAUGAAUCAGAUCUUGUUGAUCCAGCACCAUCCUUGAAGAAAAGACGACGCCAUGCAGAACCAACUGACCCGCCUGCUGUAGUCAUGGUGAUGAUCUACAGGUCUCUGGGUCUACUGCUUCCAGAGAGCUAUGAUCCGGACCGGCGCAGCCUUAGACUGCCCACUCGUCCCGUCAUCAACACCCCUAUAGUGAGUGUGUUGGUCCACAGAGAGGGAGAACCAAUCACUAACCCCCUCCAAAGACCCAUCACUCUAAACUUCAGGCUCCUGGAGAUCCACGAGAGGAGCAAACCUGUGUGUGUCUACUGGAACCACUCCAUCCUGGAUGCUGUUGGAGGUGCCUGGUCUUCUAAAGGCUGUGAGCUGGUCUUCAGGAACUCAACUCACAUCAGCUGUCAGUGUAACCACAUGAGCAGCUUUGCUGUUCUCAUGGACAUCUCCAAACGAGAGCAUGGUGACAUUCUUCCUCUGAAAGUGGUGACUUACACAACAGUGUCUUCCUCUCUGGUGGCCCUCCUUAUCACAUUCCUCCUGUUAGCUAUCCUCCGCAAGCUACGCUCCAACCUACACAGCAUCCACAAGAACCUGGUGGCUGCCAUCUUUCUCUCUGAGCUCAUCUUCCUCACUGGCAUCAACCAGACUGACAGCCCGUUUAUAUGUACAAUAGUGGCCAUUCUGCUACACUAUUCGUACAUGUGCACAUUUGCCUGGAUGUUUGUGGAGGGGCUGCACAUCUAUCGCAUGCUGACUGAGAUGCGUAACAUCAACCAGGGCCACAUGCGCUUCUACUAUGCUAUCGGCUGGGGCAUACCUGCUAUUAUAACUGGUCUGGCUGUGGGUUUGGAUCCUCAGGGUUAUGGAAACCCUGACUUCUGCUGGCUCUCUGUUAAUGACACUCUCAUCUGGAGCAUCACUGGACCUAUCUCCACAGUAGUGCUGAUGAACAUAGUUCUGAUUGUGCUGGCAGCAAAAGCUUCAUGUGGACGGAGGCAGCGAACAGAGAAGUCAGGGGCAAUCUCUGCUUUACGAGUGGCCUUCCUCCUCCUAUUGCUCAUCAGUGCCACCUGGCUGCUAGGUCUAAUGGCAGUCAAUAGUGAUGUGCUGUCCUUCCACUACCUCUUUGCCAUUCUCAGCUGCCUACAGGGUAUUUGCAUCUUCUUUUUCCACUGUGUUUUCAACAAAGAUGUGAGAAGAAACUUGAAAAGUGUCUUUACAGGGAAGAAAGUGCCAGUUGAUGAGCCCAGUACAACACAAGCUACUUUACUCACUCGUUCUCUGAAUGGUGACGCCUUCACAGAAGAUGGAGGUUUGUACCGCACCACCAUUGGAGAGUCCACUGUUUCUCUGGAGAGAUCUGUUAGCUCAGCCAAAAGCCACGGCAGCAGCUACCUCGCUUGCACACUCAGGGAGAAGAAGAAACGUAGCGUGUCCUCUAACGGUGGAAAAGUGGGAUGUGAUGAAGGAGACUCAACACUCUUCUUUCAGAGUAAAAAGGCAGAAGACUCUGAUUCAGACAGUGAGCUCUCUGUGGAUGAGCACAGCAGCUCGUUUGCCUCCUCCCACUCCUCGGACAGUGAGGAUGAGGCCAGACACUCCAAGACCAAGUGGAAUAAUGAGAGAACGCCCACCCACAGCAUGCCCAAAGUCAAUGCAGUGUCCAGUCGUGGGAAGCCAUACUGGCUGGAGGAGCCGCCCACAGCCAGUGAAAGUGAGGAUACGGGUGUUCCAGAGACAUUGCGUGUGGAGACGAAAGUGAAUGCAGAACUUCAUCAGGGGAAUAAGUUAAAUCACAAUGGAGACGUGUCUCAGAGUGAGAGUUCACAUAGUCAACCAAACAGCAACCAGCUACCCAGGAGAGGCAUUUUAAAGAACAAGAUCACAUAUCCUCCUCCACUGACAGACAAAAACAUGAAGAACCGCUUAAGGGAGAAACUUAGUGACUACAACCCACCCCAGAUCCCUCGUAAGGGCUCAUCGGGUGGGUUAAAUGAAGCGGUUCGCUCAGGAACUGAGGCCAAGAGCACUGUCAUCAAACCGCCGGCACUGAACGGGAUCACUGUGGAACUGGGAACGAGCCCCGUCGCUUUAGUGGAUGAAGACUUUGAUUCAGAUGGAAGCAAUGAAACUUCAAUUUGACCUUGAAUUGGAAGCUCAUGAAUUGGAAAUAAUUUAUAGGACAAGUGACAACUCCAGUAUUAAUCCACAAUAUGGUCCUGCCCUGAAGAAAAAGUGACAGUUGUCCAGCUAUUGUUUUUACUAUUUAUAAAGGUGUUAGUGUUACCCAAGAGGAGGCUACACAGAAGUUGAGCUGGACAAGGACAGAAAAGUUUUCUUCUGUAAGAAUGUCACAUUGGAUGGACUUGGAUGGCAUAGUUGCCAUCAAAAUGUAAUGGCUUCAAGUUUAGACUAUCUUUUGGACAGAACAGUUGAUCUGGAGCAACAGUGUGGUAAACAAAGACAGUAAAUUUGCACCUGUGUAGUUCCCCUCGGACUUCAUCAUAACAUUAUGACUUUUGAUAUGUAAGUAGUGUUUAUAAUGCAUUUUGUAUUUUAGAUGUUAAUAGGGUUAUUUGUUAAUUGUAAAUUAGGAUUUAAUGCCAAAAUGAAAUAUUUAUGUUUAUGACUUUUGUUUACUGUGAUAUUUCUAUAGCACUGUUUUGAGUGUUGAUGUGUUUAUAUUGUUUUUAUUUUUCAGAACUAGCAUAGUUGUAGCUUUAUUUGUAAUAUGUUUAGUCGGAAGUAGUUUGUUUACCACACUUGACCUGCUUGUCCAAUUAAGAUAUUUUCUUGUUUUUCCCUUGAAAAUUGAGCGGAAUUAUUAGUGUUGAGAUGUCCAUUGUUCACAUUGUCAAUCGGACUGGUGGAUCAAUUGUAUUUGUUUUACAAUGAUUACCAAUGGCAGUAUUUUUAUAUAUGUUUCAGCAUACCUUAAUGUCUUACUGCCAGUGCUGUACAUAAAAAAGCAGUGGUUUUUUUACGUUUGCUCUGAUCUAAAUUACCAAUAGAGACUCAAGAUUCCAAAAGUGCCUGUCAACACAAUACUGCUCUGCCAAACCUAUUGUGUUAAUAAUAUACGUGUACUCAUUGACAAAUUCAGGGACCCAUUCUUUUGUUUAUUGUAGUGCUAACUGUAAAAAUCUAACUAUGUGUAGCUGAUGUCAGGCCAGUAACUAUGUAAACUGUAUAAACUAAUAGAGAUUAGAAGCAUUUAGCAUCAGUAGUCUGUUUGUAUCCAUGAAAUACCUCCAUUGCUUGUCAAUACUCAUAGAUAUUAGAUACCAGAAUGUAAAGAUAAGGUAUUUAUAUUCUUACUAUCGGCACUGAUAAUACAUUUGAACACUGUAAAUAAA